CUGGAGAACCUAGCAUGGCACGGACCACAAUGGUAUUGUUGUGGAAUGAUAUAAGUUCAUUCGAAGUUUAUUUAAACAAGCUUGGAGGAACCGUGCAAAACAUCAAUUCCAUCACUUUAUUAAUAUCAACAGGAGUGGAGGAAAGCUUGCAAGGCUAUUAUGCCCUCAUUAACUGGUGUUGCGCUAGUCACCGGCGCCGCGUCAGGGAUUGGCAAAGAAACCGCCCUUCAAUUCGCCGAAGCUGGCUGUACUGCCGUUGUCUUCUCCGAUCUAAACUACGAAGCCGCAGUCGCUGCCGCAAAAGAAAGUAAAGAAUGUGCAACUAGAGACGGUUAUCGUGCCAUAGCUAUCAAAGUAGAUGUUGCGGACGACAAGAGUGUGCAGCAUUUGGUAGAUGAGACAGUUGAGGUGUUUGGGAGGGUCGAUUAUUGUGUUUGUGCUGCUGGGAUUGGUAACAGCACAUUCGUCCCGGUCGCACAGACAAGCAUGGCUGAAACCAACCGCAUGCUGGAUAUUAACCUCAAAGGAAUAAUCCACUGUAUCCACUCCGUCACACGGGCCAUGUUGACCCAACCCCCCCUCCCUCUCCCUUUACCCCCUUCCACAACCCCCCGCCUCCAACUCCAACUCCAAAAAUAUCCCCCCCGCCCCCUCCCCCGCGGCAUAAUCAUAACUAUCGGCUCCAUUGCCUCCCACGUCGCCACCUUCGGCACCCUCGCCUACACAACCGCCAAACACGGUGUCAUCGGUGCGACCAAAUCCGCAGCCCUGGACCACGCACGCGACGGUAUCCGUGUCAACGCUGUAUGUCCGGGUCCAGUGGAUACGCCGAUGAUGCGGGAUGCGCUUACAGAGACUCCAGAGAAGAUCGAGAUGGUGGAGAAGGGCGUGCCACUAGGGGGACGUAUGGCGGGACCGGAUGAGGUUGCGAGCGUAGUGGUGUUUCUUUGCGGGCCAGGGGCGAGUUUUGUUACAGGAGUGGCUGUUGGGGUAGAUGGGGGUUUAGGGUUGGGUGCGGGAAGGCUUUAA